AUGGCGUCGCCGGCGUCUGAAAUCGAUCCAGCCGCGGAGCCCCAAGUCGUCGACGACGAGUCGUCCAGCGCGAGAGGCAGCAGCGAAGAGGAGGCGCCCCCGAAGGCCGCGGCGGUCGAAACGGGGGCGGACGAGGGGGAGUGCGAGUUCUGCCUGUACAUGAAAGGCGGGGCCUGCAAGGAGGCGUUCGUGUCGUGGGACGACUGCGUGCAGGCGGCGCAGAAGGAGGACUCCGACAUGGUCGAGCGCUGCUCCGAGGCCACCGUCAACCUCAUGAGGUGCAUGGAAGCCAACACCGACUACUACGGCAUCCUGCUCCGGGCCGAGCAGCACCUCCCCGACCAAACCCAAGCCGCUGUCGCCGCUGCCGCGGACAAGAACAAGGCAGAGGAAUCCGCGCCCUCCCCGGCCACUGAUGAGACCAAGAAGGAAGAAGCAGUUGUCGAGUCCGCCGCCUCCGGUGCUGAUGCGAAGGAGGAGGAGUCCAAGAAAGAAGAAGCAGUUGUGGAGAAGGUCGAGUCCUUGUCUUUGGGUAACUAACAAUUGGUGGGUCAAUUUUUGAGCUCGUGGUAUUUUUUGCGUUCAGUUUGAGUUAUGAUCGGACAGAGGUCCAUGAGGCUAAUUUGUAUCCCCUUGUGGGGAAAUAAAGGUCGUUCUUCGAAUAAUUGUCGGACAUGACACACAUUUUACUGAAGUAUUUCUCAAUGCUUUUAUAUGAAAGGUUGCAUACUCAUCAUAUUUGU